ACAACUUAAGCUUCUCAAACGGUACGGAAGACGACAAAAGCAAGCAGAAAAGACCAUGAGCGACCCUUCCAGCUACCCCAGUAGCACCAGCUCAUCUGCUUCAGAUGUAGGCAGUCGACGCCAACGGAUUUUUGGACUUGCAAGAACUGCCAGAGAUGUCUACAUCCCCAGAAUCUCGGACCUGGUUACGCAACUUGCUACAGGGGUGUCAACCAGGGCAUUUGCAAACGAUAAAUAUGAUCCAGAUGGUAAUAUCCGGGUUCCAGAAGAUGCCUCCAUCACGUUGUAUCCGACUUAUACGCGGCAGGACCCAGACGGAAACUAUCACGUCGAUGUCGGUGGAUGGCUUGCUUGCCCUGGGGCCAUGACCAGAAAAAACCGACUCAUUCUAUCACUCGUGAAGCAAAUCGUACGCUAUGACAACUCCGCCACGUCAACAGCCAUAUCCAAUCUUGAAAGUGAUGGUCUUCAACCUGAUACCUUGGACGACUCCGAUGCCGAAACAAUUUCUCUGGUGGAUACCACUUCCAGCGCUUAUAGCAAUAACGACGAGACGCUUCGAACGAGACUUGCAGCCUUCAUAGCCAGAUUUGUGGCGAAUGCCAAGCUCACGGUCACAGUGGGGAGUCGAGAUGAACUAGAGACCAGUAAGCUUGUUUCAAAAGAUGUCUUCACUGACAGAAAUGGAUGUUUCAGCGACUGUAUCACCGUACCGUAUGUUCCUGGAUUAGUUCAGGUGGUGGCCGGACACCAACCAGCAGUGUUUGCCUGUGAACCCGUUGAUAUUGUUUCCAAUGAUGGGGUGGCUAUAAUCAGUGACAUUGAUGAUACAGUCAAACUCACAGGUGUAACUGGAGACAAACGUACUCUUUUGACCAGCCUUCUUCUUCAAGACGUUAAACUGUGGACCAUUUCUCCUGUUGUCCUGUGGUAUAACCAAUUGUGCGAGUCCAAUAAAGUGACGUUCCACUAUGUGCUGAAUCUGCCAGUGCAGCUCCUCCCAACCCUUCUACAAUACUUUACAGAGGUUGGAUUGCCUAGCGGCUCUAUGCACUUAAAACAAUACACAGGGAAUCUUAUGGCCCUGUUGAUGGAGCCGUCUUCUUCUAGGAAGCGUACCGUAUUAACCAAGCUUGCUGAAGAUUUUCCACGAAAACGAUUUGUAUGUGUUGGGGAUUCCGGUGAGUAUGACUUUGAAUCGUAUGUUGAUUUGGCAUCUCGGUACCCAGGAAAAUUGGCUGCAAUCUACAUCCGUGUAGUUCCUAAUCUGAUGAGCUUUUUAAAGGAAGAUAAAAUUGUCGAUGAAGUUAACCGAAUUCUAACUAAACCUGCUCACGAAAUACCUAGACCCAUUAAUCCAAGACUGGUGAGUACGGCACAACAGAAAAUCAACCCUGAGGAUUUGGAAGACUUGAUUGAUUUGAGUGAUACCAUUCCUGAGCUUCCUCAUAAAACCAAACUCCCUCCAACGAUCCCCAAGAAACCUAGUAGUCUUCGAGGCAAUCUUGUUAGAAAACCCCCUCCUUCCUCACCAGAAAGUUUGGUGGAAAUGCCCCCAAAGUUACCAACUCGUCCUAGUACACUUGGUCUCGCGAAAGCACAUACAGAUACAGAGGUUAUUGGUGCACCAGACUUACCUCCUCGUCGUCGGCCUGCCACCACUAUUGCAUACGAAACUCCCACCAGAGACGAAAUCCUCGAUAAUCUACACAACAUUUACUACUCUCACCAUUUUGAAGAUUUACAAAGUAUUGAUGGAAAAGGAGCCGAAUGGAUUGAAAGGGCCAUGACUGGAGCUAAAAUGUUAGAAAACACCGGGACCAAGGUACGGUUCUUCCGAGAUGAUGAAGAUGACUUAUACGAUACAACAUGCGAAGUUCUCAAGGACAUCGUGAGAGAAUCUAAAUAGCCUAAUCACAUGAAUCAGUCGUGUAUUGCUAGAAUAAUAACUGCAAUAUAUGCUAUGGCCAUGGCCUAGGCCUCCACUUCUACUUUUGACUCCACAAUCUUCUGAGUGUUUCCAUUGUUAUUGUAUUUUGUUGUGUCGUUGACAUCUCCAUUGAUUAAUGUGCCAUUUGUGUCAGUUUCCUCAUCAUUGUCUAUAUCAUCAUGUUCUUCAGCCGCAUUUCCAUAGUCUUUCACAUCACUUUCAACUUCCGGCAACGACUCACGGAAUUCACUCAAAUCCCAUUCAUCCUUAUUGUCCUCUUCACUAUAGUACUUAUCAGCAAACAAGUCCAUGACAAUUUCACGACCAGUCCGUUUACGUUUUUCUCGUUCUUUUCUUUCUUCUCUGGCCUGUUGAUCCCGCUUCUUAGCUUUCCAGACUUGGAAGGAGUCCAAAGUAAUUGGAAUGAAUUUACUUCUAUCCAAUUUUCCUCUUUCCAACUCAAUGAAAUCUUCCAAGGUAAUCUUGGGUGCACUUUCUGCUGCCAACCGUUCAAGUUUCUUCUGCUCUUUGGUCUUCAAUACAAAUCCAGGAGGAAGCGAAUGACGAUACAUACACUCGUUUCCUCCGUUAGGACACACCCAAAACCAUCCGUAUUUAGCGUUUUCCACUGCCUCAAUAAAGUAUUUACACACCUUGUCGGUGGUGGUUUUAAGAUUACCAUGUUUACUCAUAAUGACACUUCGCAACUUCUCUUCGUCCCAGUUGUCCAUGGUGUCUUCCUCCUUUUCAGCACGGGCAUCCGUGUACAAAUCCUUCUUAGCAUCUUUACGUCCCACAUUCAAAUCAUGUGAAAACUUACACUUGUUACCUUUAGCACAUACACCUUUUUUGAAAAAUUCACACAAAACAGACUUGGGAUCCACACCAAAAGGAACCUUGGCUUGCUGGAUCCCGAAAAGGGCAGCAGCUUCCUUUUUGGCUUGUUCGGCAGCUUUCUUUUCUUCAGCACGCCGUUUUGCAUCCGCUUCUCUCUUCUUUUCGAGCCCUCCAUCUACUCCAGCCUUCAUCUGGGCAAUUUGAGUCUGUACUUUUUUGGAUUUGUUUUUAUUCUUCAUUCCAAAGGUCUUGUCCUCACUGGACUUGGACUUGGCCUUGGCCUUGUUCUUAUCAUUUGCCUUUUUGGGUGCCAUGAUUGUGGUUGAUCAAGU